AUGCAGGAAUAUAACACGAUUCUCAACUGGUUCACGAAGUCGGACCAUGGAGUUCAAUUGCGCGAGAAUCUACGUCAUCGGGCACCGAAAACUGGUAGCUGGUUUCUUGAAUCCCCGGCAUUCAAGAAAUGGCUGGCUGGGACGAGAGAAAUGCUAUUCUGCCCCGGAAUCCCAGGAGCAGGCAAAACCAUGAUUGCGUCUAUUAUGGUUGACCACUUACAUCGUAUCUUCAGAGAAGAUGGCAGUGUUGGUGUCGCGUUUGCUUUUCUCGAUUACCAAGCAAAAGUGUCGUAUCCAGACCUACUUUUGGGCUUCCUAAAACAACUAAUUCCUAACCCAGUACCAGUUACGAUUCUAGAGCUCUAUGAAUAUCAUAAUGAAAAAGGAUCACACCCUGACGUGAGUGAGAUCUUUGCUACAUUAUGCAAGAUCAUUCAACACUAUUCCAAAACCUUCAUAGUUAUCGAUGCACUGGACGAAAUCCCCACCUCUAAUGGGAUCCGAUCAAAAAUCAUCAAAGAGCUUUUCAAAAUUCAGGAAGCUGUUUGUGUGAAUAUCGCGGUAACAUCAAGGCCGAUCCCCGGAAUAGUGGAGAGAUUUGAGAAAAGAAGUAUUCAGCGAGACAUACGUGCCAGUGAUGACGAUGUGCGCAGAUUCAUUGCCAAUGAAAUGCUAAACUUUGAGCCGCCGAUUCGAGACGCAGAUGGCUUGGAGCGAAAGAUAACAGACACAAUUAUGCGGGCAACUGAUGGGAUGUUCUUGCUGGCACGAUUACAUCUAGGAAUUUUGCAUGAUCAAACAAGCGUCGGAAAUAUCCUCAAGGCACUAGAAGAUCUGCCUGCAGGUUCCAAGGCCUACUCCAAGGCUUAUGAAAAUAUCAUGACUAGAGUCAGCAGUCAACCGGAGGAUCGCAGAAAACUAGCACUUCAAGUGUUGUCGUGGAUGACUCAGGCGAAAAGGUCGAUUGGAAUUUCAGAAUUACAACACGCGCUUGCGGCCGCGGACGGCCCAUCAGAAUUUGAUGAAAAAUACAUUCCCGAUAUAUCAGUGAUAGUUGAUGUGUGCGUUGGGCUGGUCACCUCUAAUGCGCAAUCGGGGACUAUUCGGUUGGUCCAUUACACAGCAGCAGAGUAUUUCGGGCAACGCUGGACAUCGUGGUUUCCUGAAGCAAAUCAGCAUAUGGCUGCGACUUUGAUCAAGUACUUGAGCUAUGAGCAAUUUGCUGUCUCACCUGCUCGGACAUGGAAAGAAUAUCACCAGCGACUUAAAGAGAACUGUCUUUAUGAAUAUGCGGCCCAUUACUGGGGUGAACAUGCCAGGAAGGCCUACCCCCAAGUUGAGAAUUUGGUCACUGCAUUUCUGCGGUGCGCUAGGAAUCUACUCAACGCUUCCCAAGUCUUAGACUCCUCGGCUCAUCUCUCCUUCGGCCUUUUACGGUCCCCAGAAAACGUAACAGGUUUACAUGUCGCGGCACACUUUGGAAUGAUCGAACAAAUCAGAAUACUCAUUCGCGAAGGAGGACACCUGGAUGCGAGAGACGACUUUGGCCAGACUGCCCUACACUGGGCUGUGAGAAAUAGACAACACCAAGCAGUCGAGUUUCUAGUGCGCGAAGGCGCUGACGUGAAUGCACUGGAUGCACAGCAUGAGAGUCCGUUGCACUAUGCUGGUUGCCACGGUGGCGAAACCUUGAUAAAGCUCCUUAUCGAUCUAGGGUCCCAGGUUGAAGCUCAGAAUAGCUCUGGGGAAACCCCGCUUCUAGUGGCUGCUAGAAAUGUGAAUACGGAAGCCAUCAAAGGGCUUCUUAUAAACGGAUGCAAUCCGAAAGCAUUGGAGAAUAUGGAUCGGAAUGCAUUACACUUAGCCAUAGUUUCACGCCAACGUGGCCGUGCCGAGGCCGUAAAGUUGCUUAUAUCAUACAAUGUUGAAGUCGACCUGUGUGACGCAGACAAUAUGACACCACUCCACUAUGCGGUUGCCCAAGGAGAUUGUGCGCUCGUGGACUUGCUCCUUGAGGCAGGUGUUGACAUCAAUAUCGGAGUGCAGAGAAAGUUUGACAAAAACGCCGUCCACCCAACUUGUAUGAACGCAGGCCUGCCGCCUGUUGUACUGGUCCAAGAUACGAAUGAACCUGUUGGUCUUACGCCACUCCACUUUGCUGCUUGCGCGGGGAAUAGUAGAAUGACAAAGUAUCUUAUACAAAAAGGUGCUAAUCCAAACGCGCGAUGUUACUGUCUUGACACACCACUUCACGUUGCCCUCCGCCGGGGCCUUUUGGACGAACGGAAAGACCGCAAGAUAUCAGAUGACCUUUAUCCAUUGCCUAACCAUGAUGGCUGGACUGAUGACGUAUGGCAUGUCGAGAUUACCAGAGAUACUUUAUCAGACUGCGAAUCUGAUGAGGCGGACGAGAUCUUUGGCUACAUUGAAGAGCAACGAUUGGCCGUAGUCAGCGCCCUGCUUCAAUGUCCCACUAUUGAGGUGAACGCCGAAAAUAUCCAACUUGACCGUCCCCUGCAUCUUGUGAGAUACGCAGAUCCCAACGCUGCGGUCAUUGUAUCUACGUUAGUUGAUCUGGGGGCUGACGUUUUCGCGCCUAAUGGCAAGGGCCAGUCUAUUUUGCAUCUUGCUUGCACAGCAGACGCCCCUUCUAUAGUAAGCGAGGUGCUUGAUAGAGGUCAUGCCAUCGAUACCGCCGAUUACCAAGGCCUUAGUGCUUUGCAUUGUGCCGUGCGAGCGGGUAGCUGUGAGACUGUUCAAACAAUAUUCAGUAGGGACGAAGGAUUGUCCAGAUCUUACUGUCUUCGCGUCGACGCUGAAGGCCGAACCCUACUCCACCAUCACCUGCAAAAUGACCUGUCAUCCAUUGACAUGGCCAGGCUACUAUUGUCAUACGGCGCCAGAGUGGAUGCCAUUGACAAUAGGGGACAAACCCCACUUAGCAUCUAUCUUGGGACUUUUAAAUUUGGAGACCGAGUAGAAAUCUGUCGGCUCCUGCUCGCAAAUGGGGCUAGCGCCUUUUGGAUUGAUCCUGACGGCAGAACCCUCGCGCAUCUAGCGGCUCGCAGCCUUCGUACAGAGCGCGGAGUUCUGGAAGCCUUGGCUGACUAUGGCCUCGACCUCUCAAUGAAGGACAAAAGUGGAAAAGGUAUCUUGCACCAUGGGUCCAUCAGCAAAUCAUUGAGCUUAGAUGUUACAACAUUCCUCUGUGAGCGGAACAUACCUGAUCUUUACGAUAGAGAUGGUAGUGGGAAAACCCCUCUUGAUUACGCAUCUGAGCCAGAUAACAGAGAGAUAUUACGAGAGAUCGGUCGCCAUGGGGGAAGGGAGAAGACUCUGGAAGCUUUAAGAAUCUUUUUUUGA